UUAAACAGCUGGUAGUUUUCGGCGCUGCUGCUCCUCCUCCGGUGUCUCUGUGCGUGUUUAUCUCAGCUCUGCUCGGUGGGUCUGUGUAUCAGAGAUGAACAGAUUACUCUUAAACGUCCUCACUCGCACCUGCUGUCAACUCCUUAAGCACAACAGUUGGUGCAACCGAGUGAAAUCACAAGUACAGAUUAAUUGUUAGAUCAUGGCAUCCGGAGAAAGCAUUUGUACCUCACAAGUGACCGUGGAUACUCUCCCUAUUCACACAACUUGCAGCCAAAAUCAAGAAAAUCUAGACAAAGACAGAACUUUGCCUAGGUGUUUUGAGUGUGGGAGGAGUUUUAAUGACUUCCGCAGUCUCCAAAUACACGAGCGCAUUCACACUGGAGAGAAACCGCAUCAGUGCUCAGAGUGUGGGAAAAGUUUUAGUGAUCUCCGUAACCUUAGAGUUCACGAGCGCAUUCACACUGGAGAGAAACCGUAUCAAUGCUCUGAGUGUGGGAGAAGUUUUGCCUGCCAGAGUAAUCUCCGAGCUCACAAGCGAAUUCACACAGGAGAGAAACGGUAUCAGUGCUCAGAAUGCGGUAAGACGUUUGCAGUUCACGAUCAUCUCCGAACGCACCAGCGCGUUCACACUGGUGAGAAACCGUUUCAGUGUGUAGUCUGCAGGAGGAGUUUUGCUCUUCACCGGAAUCUUAAAUCGCACCAGCGCACUCACACAGGAGAGAAACCGUUUCAGUGCUCAGUGUGUAAAAAGUCUUUCGCCGCUCACCGCAAUCUCAAAGCGCACCAGUACACUCACGCAGAAGAGAAACCGUAUCAGUGCUCAGAGUGUGGACAGGGUUUUAGUUCUUUGGUUAAUCUGCAAGGUCACCAGUACUCCCACACCGGAGAGAAACCGUUUCAGUGCCCAGAGUGCGGCAAGAGCUUUACUGCUCACCGUAAUCUCCAGUCACACCAGCGCUUCCACACUGGAGAGAAACUACACCAGUGUUCAGAGUGUGGAAAGAGUUUUACUCAACCGAGUCGCCUCCGAAGACACCAGCGCGUUCACACUGGAAAGAAACCGUAUCGGUGCUCUGAGUGUGGAAAAAGUUUUUCCCAACAGAGUCACCUCCAAAGGCAUGAGCGCAUUCAUACAGGAGAGAAACCGUAUCAUUGUUCAGACUGUGGAAAGAAUUUUACUGAUCUACGCGAUCUCCGAACACACCAGCGCGUUCACACUGGAGACAAACCGCAUCAAUGCACAGAGUGUGGAAAGAGUUUUUACCAAAAGAACCACCUCACAGUUCACCAGCGCAUUCACACGGGAGAGAAACCCUUCCAGUGUUCGCAGUGUGGAUCGAGUUUCAACGAGAACAGUGCCCUCACACGACACUGGCGCAUUCACAUUGGGGAUAAACCAUAUUACUGUUCAGAGUGUGGGAAGAGUUUCACCCAGCAAAGUCAUCUCCUAAAACACCAGCUCACCCACACUGGGGAGAAACCGUAUUCUUGCUCAGAGUGUGGGAAAAGCUUUUCUGUACAGAGUCGCCUCAGGAUACACCAGCGCAUUCACACUGGAGAGAAACCGUAUGAGUGUUUAGAGUGUGGGAAGAGUUUUAGACAUAGUAGUACACUCAAAGAUCACCAGUAUCCUCAUACAGAGAAGAAAGCAUGAUGGGUUGCCUGAAUCUGAUUUUGAUCUCUUUCCCAGUUUUCUGUAUUUUGUAUAUUUGGGAAUUGGUGUAUUGCCUUGGGAAGGUGACCAUUAAAAACUUCUGAUUCCGAUUUGGAAGGCUGUGUGAACGGGCCAAAUCCAUUUUCUUGCAAAUCAGAUUUGAGUCACUUUCAUAUGUGGUCCUAAUAAACAUGUUGGAUUCAUGCUUAAUAGCAGGUGUCUGCUACAGGGGUAUAAAACCUCCUAGCCCUGAGCUGUGGUUACCAAAACACACAGAAAAAAAGCAUUCCACAAACAGUAGAGACAGUUACUCCAACAAAAGCAGUGCUACAGUUGGUGCACUAAUAUCAGUGUCUCAAAUAUACGUUCUCUAUACAUUCAAAGUAAUUUAGUAAAUAUUGUUUCAAUAAAUAUUCUUUUUUGCAAAAAAAAAAAAGAUUCUGUGCAUUUGUUUGCAUCUGUUCUGGGUUGCACAGCCAGAUCUUAGGUGUGAAUGGGGAAACGGUCUGUUAAAUAAAAAAAAAAGUUUUUUUGGGGUACAAUUCUCUUAUACUGGCCACUAGAUAUUCAACAUGGCACUUCUUGGCAAGAAGAAACACUUAGAGGAUGUGAGAAACAAAAUGGUUGCUGUCCACAAAGAUAGUCUGGGCUAUAAGAAAC